AUGCUGGCCAGGAAUUUAUGGAUUUUAGUGGCUGGUCUUCCUUUCGCAACGCCCUUUUCAUUGUGGGAAACUUUAAGCAAUGGUUUCGAAGGCCAAGAACUUCUAAACGCAUUGACCUCAGGUUCUAAUUCUCCAAAGAACGAGAUACAGGAAUUCUAUGAUGCGGAAUCAUUGCAAAAAGCUGACUUUUCAACUUUGCAGUCGCACCGCGAUGAUAGCUACUCUUUGAGAAUAAAGAGUGUAGAUCCUGGCAAGUUGGGGAUUGAUGUUGUCAAGCAGUAUUCCGGAUACCUAGAUUACCAAGAUUCCAAACACUUUUUUUAUUGGGCGUUUGAAUCCAGGAAUGAUCCCGAGAACGACCCUGUCAUAUUGUGGCUCAAUGGAGGGCCCGGUUGCUCUUCUUUCACCGGUCUCCUCUUCGAGCUUGGGCCUUCUUCCAUAAAUUCGAAGCUUGAGCCGGUUCACAAUCCUUAUUCCUGGAAUAAUAACGCAACCGUUAUUUUCUUGGACCAACCGAUUGGUGUUGGGUUUUCCUAUGGCGACGAUUCGAUAACCUCUACGGAAGCAGCAGCUAAGGAUGUUUUUAUAUUCCUAGAACUAUUCUUCGAAAAGUUUCCUCAACUAAGAGCUAAUGAUUUCCACAUCGCUGGAGAAUCUUACGCCGGUCACUACAUCCCUGCAAUUGCUCAUCAAGUUGCGGUUGCUCAUGAACAUGAUAAAACUUUUAACCUAACUUCUAUCAUGAUUGGGAAUGGUAUCACAAAUUCCUUAGUACAGUAUGACUACUACGAGCCAAUGGCUUGCGGCAAGGGUGGAUAUGAACCCGUUAUUACAGAAGAGGAUUGCGCCAAAAUGAGAAAGAGUAUGCCUCGGUGUUCAGCUUUAGCUGAGGCCUGCUCUUCUUCUGGUUCCUUGUUUCCUUGUAUUGCCGCCGGCGUCUACUGUGAAAACAUGGCAAUGAAUGCUUAUGAAAAGACUGGCUUGAAUGUCUACGAUAUUCGAGCUCCAUGCGAAACUGAAAAGAGUGCAUUUUGCUACCGCGGCAUAGGCUAUAUCGAGGACUAUCUGAAUCAACCCUCUGUCCAAGCCGCUGUUGGCUCUGACGUGUCUCACUUCACUGGAUGCAAUGAUAAGGUUUUUCUAAGUUUUCAACUGAGUGGCGAUGAAGUAAGGCCAUUUCAACAAUAUGUUGCGGAACUCAUAAAUAGAGACAUUCCGGUGUUGAUUUAUGCUGGCGACAAGGACUACAUCUGCAAUUGGCUUGGUAAUCUGGCAUGGACUGAAGAAUUAGAGUGGAAACAUAAGGAUCAGUUUUCUUCACUGCCUUUGAAAUCUUGGAACUCGAAGGAAACUGGUGAACCUAUGGGCCAAGUGAAAAGUUUCGGGUCAUUCACAUAUUUGCGGGUGUUUGAUGCGGGCCAUAUGGUUCCAUACGAUCAACCCGAGAGUAGUUUAGAAAUGGUUAACAGGUGGGUUGCUGGUGAACUUAGAUUUGGUACUUAG